AUGGAGGCGGUGGACCAGGAGGAGGAGGAGGAGGCCAAGGAUCUGGACUUCUAUGGGUUCGAGCCUCUCCCUACGCUCCUGGAGGACGAGGAGAAUGUGUCCCUGGCUGAUAUUUUGUCGCUGCGGGAUAGCGGUCUGACCGAGCAAGAUAUCUGGGCAAUUUGCCUGGAAUGUAGCUAUUCCAUGAAAAGCAUCUCCAAUUCCUCCAUCUUCCAGACCCUCUGCAUCACUCCUGACACUCUGGCUUUCAACACCGUGGGCAACGUCUGCUUCAUGGAACAGCUCAGCGACGAUCCUGAGGGUGCCUUUGUUCCUCCAGAGUUUGAUAUAACGGGUAAUACAUUUGAAGCACACAUCUACUCUUUGGGCGCCACCCUGAGAGCCGCAGUUGAGUACGUGAGAGAACCCGAAUUGGCCCCACAGUUCACUCAGGAUCUGGAAGCCCUCCUGGAUCAAAUGCAAGAGGACAAUCCUGGACAUCGACCCGAUAUCGAGAGUAUCAUAUCAUUAUGUGAAGAAAAAAUGAAACUGGCCUCCUCAUGUAAUAUUUGUCAAAGUCUAUCUGCUGUUGGAAGGAGAGUACUUUCAAUUGAGUCAUUUGGUGCUUUUCAAGAUGUCAAUGAGAGCAUAUGGAGAGGUAAAGUGAGUCAGAAAAACAUGGGACCCAAAUUGAAGCCCAAUGAUAAAACAACCAGUGACCUCUCCACAGCCGAAGAUGUGACAUUAAACUGCCUAACUGGUGCAGUGUUAAAGGCCAAAGACAGUGACAGAAAAGAGGGGGACGGCAGCUUCGAAAAUGGAAGCCCACCUCCGAAAGCACGACUUGAAACCCCGGUUAAAAACGGCGAAAGGGAUGAGCAGGAAAGGUUUACCAGCUUCAUCUUGGACUCCAAAUACUACGCCAGCGAUCCAGACCGAGACUUCCUCAAGAGAAGCCGUUUGAGAAAAAUACAAACCUUUCCCAAACUCCCAAUUGAGGCCCCGGAGGCCAAUAACUUUUGUGUGUCUGUAGCCAGUAGUGGUUCUCUGUCCAAAAAGGGUCAGUUUUCUAUCUCUGAGUUGUUCCCACUAGAUAAGAAGAGCUGCCCGGUGGAGAAAAAUGGUCCUUCCGGCAUCAAGGCCCAGCCCAAACUGAAGAGUGAUGCUGGGGGUGGUCUUCGGGUGGAGAUGCCAUGUGAAGAGGCCACAGGGGAGUCCAACAGGGGUAGGAAGCCUGGAUCUGCAGGGAACAUGGCAAUAGGGGGAGCCGGCCCCACUGGGGAAAUGCUGAGGGAAUGUGGCCCUCAGAGAGAUCCGAUCCAGAUUCCUGAGGGGGCGGAUGGAAGCGCUGGACUUUCUGGGAAUGAGUUGACUUCACUCACAGGAACUAAUCUCCAUGAGCAGCUCUCCCCCUUAAAUCAAAUUCCAGCUCCGCCAAGCAGCAACAAUUGGAUGGCUCAACCUGACAGCCAAGGAAGUUCAGAGUCGGAAAUCAUAAGUAACGAGCAGAGGAUCUCACUUCAGGAUCUCCUGUCUCAGGUUGUCCGGCCAUUCAAGGAAUACGAGCUUUGGGCCCUGUGUCAUGAAUGCUUGUCUACUCUGCAGACUUACACAGACUAUCCAGCAUAUUUAUGCUUAGACUCGGUACUGAUUGAUGCAAAUGGAAACAUCCUCUUUGACACCCCUAAGGAAGGAGGACCACACAAUUCAUUUUACCUGGCUCCUGAAAUCGAAGAGGAGAAGGUAGUUACUGAAAAGGCGUCUGUUUAUUGUGUGGCUGCGAUUCUGUGGACUGCAGCAAAAUAUAACUUUCCGCUUAAUCACAAGCUGGCGUUGCCAAGGAAACUUAAGCGGCUUCUCCUGGACAUGGCCAAGAGCGACUCUGAUGAGAGACCAUCCAUCGCUGAUGCAAUUAAGACAUGCAGCGGUUACCUACUUCAACGAGGCAUGAAUGGUAAAAAAGUUUUAGCUCACUUGAGUUCAUCCACUUGCAAGCAGGUGCAUCCAGAAGAGGAAAUAAUCAGUCUGCAAAAUGCUUUUUCAGUAGUGGAGUUUAAAAAUAAAAGUAAUAAACUCUGUUCUUCAGAGCUGCCCUCAGGCUUUGCUCCGAGUACCAGCGAGAGUAAGCUCAUAGCGGUCAAAGGACCCGUUCCUUGCCAGUUUUCCCCAUGUAAAGAAACUUCAGAACUUCCUGUCGCAUUCAUUUCUUCAGCCACUCAUUUCAAGCCUAUAAUUCUUGCCCAAACUACAGAAACGACCAAGGAAAAUCAUGCGUCAGCUCUGAGUCAGCCUGAGAGCCCAGAAGGAGAGGAAUCUGAUUUCAGCAACAAAAAAGGCAUUUUUGUGGGCGACAUUGAAAAUCACGCUUCUGAGGAUCAGCUGGCAACCCUCAAUAAGAAAACGCAAGACAUGCCUUCUCCAGCCUCAGGCAUAAAGAGUUCUACCCAGGCAGUUCCCAAAGAGGAGACCCCAGACGGCGUUUCCAUGGAAGAUUCUCCAUCCCCUCCCAUCUCUUCAGACAGUCAACCGGAGAAGAGUUUAUCCAUUUCUUCAGAAUCCUCUACCUGUCCUACCCUCCCGGCUCCUACCCCGAUGAAGGAUUUCCUGUCCGAACAGGAGCCGAAGCUAAGAGAAAUAGCACAAGAUCCCGGGGAACAAUUGUCAAACCAACAGCGACCUCCAGAUAAGAAGACUAAGUCUCCCAUGUCCAGUUCUGUGUCCCAGGACAUCCUGGGUAGAAACCUACAGAACCGCUCAUCCAAGUUGCGCAGUGGUGAAAAUGCCGAGCUCCUGGACCAAGGAGAGGAAAAUCAUGGUCUGAUGGUUCAGACCAGCAUUGAAAAAGGGAGCGACAAGAUGAUGUUAGGCAAUGCCUUGCCUUCUCCAGGAUGUGGCCGGCGAGCCCAUCAAAAUCCAGCACGAUCCCUGAAUUCAGAAAUUUCCUCUCCACAAAAUAGGACGAUCUGCCCUUCCUUGCAGAGAGCCGUGCGCCUGAUACAAGAGGAGUUUGCUUUCGAUGGCUAUCUGGAAAACGGAUUAGAAGUUUUAAUUAUGGGGGAAUACAUUUUUGGCCUGAAAGACCUCACCUACGCCACUUUCUGUGGUGCAAUAUCCGAGAAGUUUUGUGACCUUUACUGGGAUGAGAAAUUGCUGCAGAAUCUCUUCGAUGUUGUGAACGGAAAGACUUCCUCACCCCUCAGCGCAAGUGAAAAGUGUGGCUCACAGUGGGAGCAGACAACUCAGAAUAUGAAGAAAUCUGGCAGUUUACAAACUGGUAGGAAACUGAUAAAGGAUGGAAUAGGAAAAGAGAGAUGGGUGACCACAGCCCAUGUCAACAGAGCCCUUUCUCCUUCCCCGUCAUUUGCAGAAAUGGAUUCAAGUGACCUUUCACAAAGUAACUUUGAGGUUGGAUUCCGACCCCAGCAAACAAGACCAGAUAAAGAGCCGUAUUCCCUAGAUGACAUCUGCUCCCCGAGUCGCCGCAGUCUCGGCUCAGAGCUGGACCAAGAGGACGUGGAAAACGAUGGAGCCACGGCCAUGAUGGAGGCGGAUGAAAACAGAAACUCUCCCCAUCCCUACCCGACUGAGUUUCAGAGCUGCAGCCCUGGCUGGGGCAGUGCAUUCUAUGAAGUCGAUUGCUUCAGCUCAGAAGUUUAUAAUUACGUGAAAAAGCUGGGGCGGCAGAAAGCAAACGAGCCUCAAAAUCUAGACGCCAAAAAUCUGAUGCCUCUGCUAGAUCGUGAAUGUAAUCAGGAGCUGGAACAACAACUGAUGAUUGAGAAAAAAAAUUACAGAAAGACCGUAAAGUUCUAUCAGAAGCUGUUGCAGAAAGAGAAGAGAAACAAAGGAUCUGAGGUUAAAACAAUGCUGUCCAAAUUGAAAGGGCAGUUGGAAGAAAUGAAAUCCAAAGUGCAGUUCCUUGAACUGGUAAAGAAAUAUCUACAGGUUAUGUAUCCGGAGCAGUGGGGCCUAGAGCCGUGCGCCCUUCCCAUCAUAGUGAACAUCGCAGCCAGAUGUGACACAGACUUCAGCCCUCUGGAUGAAUCCUCGUCGUUAAUUUUCUACAAUGUGAAUAAGCACCAGUGUAAUAAGCAAAAGCGGACCAGGAUUUUGCAGGCUGGAACCCCCCUGGGUCUGAUGGCUUAUCUAUACUCCAGGGAUGCAUUUUUCGAAGGCUAUGUGCAGCAGUUCAUCUACACUUUCCGGUAUUUCUGCACCCCAGAAGACUUCUUGCAGUUUCUGCUGGACAGGAUCAACAGCACUUUGUCCAGAGCCAACAAGGACCCUGCAUCCAUUUUUACCAAAAUCUAUAAUCGCAGUUUCUGCAUCCUACAGGCUUGGAUUGAAGACUGCUACACUGUAGAUUUUACAAGAAAUACUGGUCUCUUGGAUAAACUGGAAGGCUUUAUUUCUUCCAAGAUAGCUCCACUCGACCGCUACGGUGAGCAAUUACUGUCCUUUCUUGACGUCACCACGGACAGGAAAUGUGACGGAACGUCUCGCGAUUGUAUGUUGGAGGACUUAAAGGAGGCUGAAAGUGACUCAAAAUCCCUGCACUCCCUGUGUAAGAAGCUCUCUGAAGAUAACGCUUCUCGCAAGAGCUUUAACUGGAAGCUUUACAAAGGAAAUGGGUUUAUUAUGCCUCAUCAUAAAGAGCGGCAAUACACCAUUGCUUCUGCUUUACCGAAGCCUUGUUUCAUAGAAGAGUUCUACGGCUCCUACACCAAGACCAAUGAAAAGGGCCCCUAUUUCCUAACUGAAUACAGCACACAUCAGCUUUUCAGUCAGCUGACCAUGAUGCAGCAGGAAUUGUUUCAAAAAUGUCAUCCAGUCCACUUCCUCAAUUCCAGAGCCCUUGGUGUCAUAGACAAAAGUGCAACUAUUCCUAAAGCUGUUUCCACAGAAUCGUUGUCCGUGAAAGUGGGCAGCCUCUUCUUGCCCAAUUAUAUACAAGACAAAUAUCUGUUGCAACUUUUAAGAAACGCUGACAACAUCAGCACCUGGGUUGCUGCUGAAAUUGUAACCAGUCAUACUUCCAAGUUGCAGGUGAACUUGCUAUCCAAAUUUCUGCUGAUUGCUAAAUCCUGCUAUGAGCAAAGAAACUUUGCUACAGCCAUGCAAAUCUUGGGAGGACUGGAACAUCUUAUAGUCAGACAGUUACCCGCCUGGAAGAUUUUACCUGCAAAGGUAGCUGAAAUCAUGGAGGAACUCAAGGCUGUGGAGGUGUUCUUAAAAAGCGACAGCUUGUGUCUGAUGGAAGGGAGACGGUUCCGAAGCCAACCUACCCUCCCUUCAGCUCAUCUUCUCGCCAUGCACAUCCAGCAGCUGGAAACAGGAGGUUUCACCAUGACCAACGGGGCUCAUAAAUGGAGCAAACUUCGGAACAUUGCUAAGGUGGUGAGUCAAGUCCAUGCCUUUCAGGAGAGUCCAUAUACUUUUGCUGUCGACCACAAGCUUCAGUCUUACCUCAAGCAGAGAAUCGCCCGAUUCAGCGGGGCCGACAUUUCCGUCUUAGCCGCCGACAACCACACCAACUUUUACCAGGGCCCCGGCGAGAAACAUUCUCGCAAGAUCCAAGACACCCUGCGCAGGAUGAAGGCAACAUUUCAGUGA